GCAUGUUCUCGACUUCGUCGUCCCAAAUCGUGUGUGCCGUCGCAAGAGAAUGCCCGCCAGGACGCCUACGACGCUGUGAAUUUCUGCUUCCGAUUACGAUCGCAAUUUCGUGCACACAAGCGCACUACUCAAUUCGGAGCAGCUAUUUCGUCGGCUAGCCUGGCGCUCCAGUAGGCGUUGUGGGCCAUGCCCCAGUUUGUGCUCUGCUUUCAGAACAAUGUGGGCACAUCCUCCAUGUGCUUGCAGCCGGGUCUUUCUCUGUCCCCCCUUCAAAGCAUCGUCGAUCGUCCAAGCUGUCAUUUGGUGCCUAGCACAUCCCAAAUCGACCGCUGACACAUACCCGCUCUCUUGGUCCCUGAGCCAUAAUGGUCGCCACUUUCAUUUUAACACGUACCUUUGCCAUCUCGGCGCUGUUCGUCGGUGCUUUUGACCUUGUCCAUGCCGCUCCUGUGUCGUAUAGCCUUGAUGCGAGAGCUGAGCCCAGCAUCGAGGAGAGGAACUGUAGAUUGCUUGGCUGUCUCUUCGCGAAACCUCACGAGGUUACCUCCGCCGCCUCCUUUUCCGAGGCUGCACCUCCUGAUGAAGAUACGGUCAAGCGCGAGCUUCAGCGCAUGGGACUGCUGUCCGAGCCAAUACCAGUCAAUUCAGCCGUUGCUGAGCUUGCUGUGACGCAUUCUGCAAGUGACACAGAGUCCCAGCAAGAACAAGACGCCACAGUCCUUGUCGACGUCGAAUACCGCAGUCCAGCGCCUCAGCAGGUACCACCACAGGGUUCAGACGCUUUCGUGUCCUCCCGUGCGAGCACUGCUACAUUAGAGAUCCUAGAAGAGAACGGACACGAUUCCGUUCGCAGUGAAGAAGCCAGCAGAACAGAGGAAGAGCGGAAGUUGAGGAUCUUGGAACCCAAGAACUGUCGACAGGGCGGCUGUCUCUGAUCGUGCACGGCUGUGCCGUGCCCUCUGUCUGCUUUGCCCUCAAUCUCACCACGCUCCUUCUUACACGCCAUCUGAGCAACCAGCUCUUUAUUUGGCCGGACCGACUCGCUUCGCUUAUUCUCCCUUCGGAUCCGGCCGCGCAGAUCUCUGCAUUUGAUAUCCGCUCUUCGACUUACGCUACACCAUUUUCGCUUUUCGAUACACACACAUACUAUACCUCUUUCCGCCUCGCGGACGAUCCUGCAUGCAAGACGAGGAUCACUUUUCAGCGGGGCUGGUACGAUACGGAAGAACAACUGCAUACUAUUCGAUGUUAUAGAAUUACUGUACUCACUUGUUUAUCGAGUUGUAUCCUUAGCAUUUCAUUGUCUAUCAUCCCUGUAUUAUUAGUCUCCGUUAUUCCCUCAAUUUAACCGUGUUCAUCCCGGUGC